GGCCCGCGGUGCUGCCCAAAAGGUCCGAGUGCCCAAAAGGUUCGGGGGCCUUAGGAGUCGGUUGAUCCUGAACAGGAGGAUGCCUCCAGGUAGGUGGCAUGCUGUUCGCCCAGCCCAAGCCCAAGCUCCGAGGGAGCGAGGGCGCCUGCAGAUGGUGAAGAAGGAAGAAGAGGAUGAAGGCUACUUGUUUGUGCAGGCAGCCAGGCCACAAACCCUCAAUCGGCCUGGCCAGGAGCUCUUCCGCCAGCUCUUCCGCCAGCUUCGCUACCACGAAUCUUCUGGGCCCUUGGAGACUCUGCAGCGGCUCCGGGAGCUCUGCCGCUGGUGGUUGCGGCCUGAUGUUCUCUCCAAGACCCAGAUCCUGGAGCUGCUGGUGUUGGAGCAGUUCUUGAGCAUCCUGCCUGCGGAGCUGCGAACCUGGGUGCAGCUACAUCAUCCCGAGAGCGGGGAGGAGGCCGUGGCCCUGCUGGAGGAGCUGCAGAGGGACCUUGAUGGGACCCUGCUGAAGGACCUAGCCCCUGCCCAGAGUCCAGAUGUGCAUUGGAUGGGUACAGGAGCCUUGCAAGCUGCACAGAUAUGGUCUCCUGCUUCACCUCUCAGGAGUGGCUCUGCUCUGGGAGACCACCAAGAGAAUCUCUCGGAAAUAGGAAUGCAUGACUUCCCAAAUGGGCAAUCUGGCCCCAAAGUCUCUGCCCUGUUCCAGAUAGAGGGGACCCCUGGAGACCAGGAGGCUUUGACGUUUAAGGAUGUGGCAGUGACCUUUUCCCAGGAUGAGUGGGGAUGGCUGAGCCCAACACAGAGGAAUCUAUACAGGGAUGUGAUGCUGGAGAAUUAUAGGAAUGUGACAUCUUUGAUGGGACCAUUUACCAAACCCGCUCUCAUCUCCUGGUUGGAAGCAAGGGAGCCAUGGGGCCUGAAUGUCCAGGCUGCUCAGCCAAAGGACAGUCCAGAUGUUGUCUCUGCAGGAGGUGAACUUCCAAUUGAAGCAAACAAGUCUGUCUUGAAACAUGCAUCCUUGGAAGAAGCUGAAUCCUCGCUUGUGUCAACAAGAUAUCAUGCAACAAGAUUUUCUGAGGAAAAAGGGCCUGAAGUACCUUUUGAACAGAAAAGGAGAUUAAAGGAGCCAGGCGAAUACCCCAUUCUGGUGAGAGUUAAGAAAGAAGAGACCAGUUUUAGUCAUGAGACAGGAGAGGAAGCUGAAGAAUUAGGUGUAAACAAUAAUUUUAAUCUGAAAUAUGUUACUUAUUUGAGAGUACCCAGAAGAAAGAGAUCCCUUAAACAUGGUUUAAGUGGCAGGCACUUCAGAGGGAGUUCAUACCACUGUGACUACAAGGAGUUUGGGAAAGGGUACAGACGCAUGAUUGGUACAUUUAGCCUACAUCAGAGAAUUCAUACCGGACUAAAAGGGAAUGCAAAGGAUGCAUGUGGGAAAAACUUCAUCCUUAGUUCUCAUCUCCAACACGGGCAGACACUUCACAGAAUGGGGACAUUGUAUAAGUGCAGUGACUGUGGAAGGGCCUUCAGUUGCAGUUCUUAUCUUGCAUGCCAUCAGCGGCUUCACACUCAAGAGAAACCAUUUAAAUGUAGGGUAUGUGGGAAAGCCUUCAGGUGGAGCUCAAACUGUGUGCGGCAUGAGAAAAUCCACACUGGAGUUAAACCUUAUAAAUGCAGUUUAUGUGACAAGGCUUUCCAACGCUUGUCUGCCUACCGCCUGCACCAGGAAACCCAUGCCAAGCAGAAAUUUGUGGAUUGUAAUCAAUAUGAGGAAGCUCUCACCUAUGAUUCAUUGUUUGUCCAUAGUUUGAGAGACCAGACUGAGGAGAAACUCUUUGACUGUAGCCAGUGUAGAAAAUCCUUUCAUUGCAAGUCAUAUGUACUUGAACAUCAAAGGAUUCACACGCAGGAAAAGCCCUAUAAGUGUUCCAAAUGUAGGAAAACAUUUAGAUGGAGGUCAAACUUUACUCGCCAUAUGAGGCUACACCACGAAGAAAAGUUCUAUCAAGAUCAGGAACCACAUAGAGAAGCAAAGUUCUGUCAGGAUCAAGAAGACUAUAGAGAAGACUUUAGGCAGAUGACGUCCAGCUAUAGCCAGCCCGAGUGUGCCCCUGUUGAGGAGGAGAAGGCUUUUCUGUGUCAGCAAUGUGGGAAAACUUUUAUUCGAAAGAAAUCUCUUAUUAAUCACCAGAGGACUCACACAAGUGAGAAAUCCUACCAAUGUAGUGAAUGUGGAGAAGAGUUCACUCAUCAAGCAGCUUUUGUUUUUCACCAGCAGCAGCACGCCAUUGAAAGGAAGUCUGAAGACGAGCCAUCAUUCAGUCAGGACACCGCAUUCCAGGCUCCUCAGAGCAGCCGCCCUGCAGAAGAACCCUACAAGUGCGGCCAGUGUGGCAAGACCUUUCGCAACCACUCGUUCCUCCUUAUCCACCAGAGAAUUCAUACCAGAGAGAAGCCUUAUAAGUGUAGGGAGUGUGGGAAAGCCUUCAGGUGGAGCUCGAACCUCUCUCGACACCAGAGGAUCCACUCCUUAAAAAAGCGUUACGAGUUCCACGAAAGCGAAAACAUCGCCACCACUGUGCAGCCACAAAUCCCUCCUGAUGGGAAACCAUUCUGGUGCCAAGAAUGUGGGAAAUCCUUCACGCGGAAAAGGUCUCUUCUAGACCAUAAGGGAAUACACAGCGGGGAGAAACGCUACAAGUGUAAUCAGUGUGGGAAAUCUUACGACAGAAAUUAUCGCCUUGUGAACCAUCAGAGGAUCCACACUAAAGAGCGACCUUUCAAAUGUCAGUGGUGUGGGAAAGAUUUCAUCGGAAGGCAUACCCUCACCAUUCAUCAGAAAAAGCAUACUAGAGUGAUGCAGUCUGACUGUAGCCUGGUUGGGUUGUCUUCCUUGCAGGACACGGGGAUGAGUUUACAGGAAUUAAAACCAAAUGGGGAGAAGCCCCUGGAAGUUUGUGAGGAGAGUUGUGACCAGCGAAACCUCAGUCUUGCUAAACUCCAGAAUACAUCCCCAGGGAAAAAGGGCCACAAAUGUAGCACGUGCGGGAAAACCUUUGACAAGAGCUCACAGCUUACGAACCACAAGAGAUUUCAUACUCGCGAGAGGCCCUUCAAAUGUAGAGAGUGUGGGAAGACCUUCAGGUGGUCUUCCAAUCUGGCUCGGCACAUGAAAAACCAUGUUAGAGAUUAGGCUGGAGCAGAUGGUGUAGGGGUUGGGGAGCUCCCCGAUGGAUGCUCUCCUGGAAGGAAGUGUGAGGAAAAUUUCUCCCUGGUGUGGAAGGUA